AUGUCAAGACGAAAGUUCAGCUUCAGUCAAAGCAGCAGUGACAUAUCUGAGGGGGAGGAGAAAAAUGAAAACUCUGGUAUUCGCUCAGAAAAUGUAUACACGAAAAAAAUUAGGGCUAUGUUAUAUGAUGAAUCGAUAGCGUAUAGUCAAAAUAAAACAUAUUACAAGAGUUCUAAAUUUCAUAAUUACAACACAAUAGAUUUGUACAAUGAUUAUAUGAAGAGGUCCAAUUAUGCAAGGAGUUAUGAACAAGAGAUGAUUUAUAAGGAGGCUUUGAAUCUGUAUAGCAACCGAAAUGUGUAUACCAGGAAGAAGUACCAGAAUGAUUUUUGUGUCAAUGUGAAUAGGAAAUAUUUGGGUUCAAGGUAUUUCGGAGAUGAUAAUGAUGAUCUGCCGGGGGUGGCCGAGGAUCCACAGGAUCAGCAUCAUGAGCAGAAUGAGGAGCAGAACCAGAAGCAGAACCAGAAGCAGAACCAGAAGCAGAGGCAGCAACAUGAGCAGAAUCAGGAGCUGAAUCAAAUUGGGGAGGGAACUGCUGAACCCAAGAAGAAACUGAGCGAAAGGAGAUUAAACGAGUACCUUUAUCGAGAAAAGAAGAGACAGCAAGUUGUCAAAUUCAGAUCUAAAUACAGGGAAUAUUUUGCUGAUGGGAAGACAACGAGUAGAGGGUUAAAAGAUUUAUGGAAUAGAAGAAAAAUAGUGGUUAAUGGUAAUCCUCAUUAUAGUCUGACAGCUGGAAUUGCAGUGAAUAAAAACGACAGUUUGCUCUCUCAAAAUUGUGUAGAUAUUAUGAUGACUCAUAAUCGUGGUACAGAUGGAAUGCUAGGAAACCAAGUUAAGACAAAUAUGUUAUGUGAUAUACGUGAAUUAAACAGUAUGAGUGAUACUAGUAAUAUUACAAACGAAGAAGAAAUAAACCUUUUGGAACAGCUGAUUAAGUUGAGAUAUACACCUGAAUACAUUUCCCAGUUAAGUGAUUUAUUUGAUAAUCCUAGAACAUUAAAAAGUGCAAACAUAAGGAUAUUGAAAUGGCUAGAUUAUCAGUUAAGUAAAGGAUACUGGUUGGAAAGAUUAUCAUUAUUUCUUCUUGGGUUAACAAUAGCUAUUGGUGUUGGAAAUAUCGAAACAUUCUGGUCUUUAAUGUCAACAUGGCAUGGUGUUAUUUUUGUAUUACCUUACAUAAUUUGUUACUGUUUUGUCUGUCAUCCUAUAUUGACAUUUGAAUUGUAUAUUGGACAGUUGGUUAGAACCUCUUCUCCAUUUAUAUUUUAUAGACUCCUAAAACAAUGUGCAUCUGUUGGAUUUUUAAUGGUUAUAACAUGUGUAAUAAAUAGCUAUAUAAAUACAUACAGAACUGCUGCAGAAUAUUUUAUAUAUUUAGUCAAUUCUUUUAAAAAAGAUUUGCCAUGGAAAUUAAACGAAAAGGAGAUAAGUUUCUGUACAAGUUUUAAAAAUGAUUUUGUUAAAUGUCAUAGGUUUAGACCAUUGUGUUUCUUUUCAAAACAAAUCUCUUCAUGUGUCCCUAAUAGUUUAGGAAAAGCAUUUUUAAUAUAUCAGAAUAAAUUUUUCCCUCCCAAUUUUUUCUAUAAUCGAUUAUUAAAAAUAGAUGAUAAUCAAAACUUUGCUCAUAUAUUUUCAAAUGGAACUUCUUACAUGGAUAAGGACACUUUUAUUUUUCUUUUCGUUUGCAAUUUUUUUGUAACUAUCUUUCAGCUUUUGGGAUUGACAAAUUUUGCCUUUUCCGCUGCCCUCGUCCUCCUCCUUAUUGGAUUUUUAUCUAUUACACAGUUUGCCACCAUGUUCAACUUGACCAGUGCUACUCAAACGUACCUCUAUGUCCUCAAGUCUUGGAAAUUCUCCUACCUGUACACCUACUCCUCCAUAUGGUCUCAGUGUGUUUCCUUCGCCCUCUACGAACUCUCCAUAGGAAUGGGAAUUUACUCCUCACUAGCCACCAAAACGAGAAUUGGAACCAACUUGGCUUUCGAUGGAUACGCAAUUACCAUGUGGAAUUCUAUAAUAUCGUCUCUCAUGUUCUUUUCAGCAGUUGCGGUUAUUGGUUUCAUUGCGAAUAACAUAAGUUCACACUUCGUGGAGAUGCUGGAAUUUUCCAGAAAGGAUUGUUCUUUCAUUCUAUUUCCUGUAGGUUUUACGCACCUGCAAAGGAUGGAGAAAACCUUGUGCAUGUUAUACUACGGGUCCUACACUAUUCUAUCCUGUGUCUCCUUGGCCAUACAGUGUGAAGUUUUAGUAAUGACUAUACGAAAUUUCAAAUUUUCGAAGAAGGUUAAGAAGCGAACCAUUGUCUUGAUUCUCUCAUUUUUCUUUUUCUUGUCUUCCUUUUUCAUAUCUAACAACAAUGCGAAAAACAUCCUCUGGUUUUUAUCCCUCACAAUUUCUGAAAAUGCGCGCGUCUUUGUUUCUCUUUUGAUUUGCAUCAUUUUGGGAUGGCUAUGCAACAUUGAAUCACAGUUUAGGAGGCUCACGAGGAAAAGUGUGCUAUCAUUCAAUAUAACAUACUGGACAUUGAAUAUCUUCUUCAGCAUUUUGUUUAAUUAUCUACCAUAUCAUGUAUACAUACUGUACAUUAUUAGACUUGGAAUAUUCAUUUUAAGCACUUUGGUGGCAAUUUGGGUUCUAAAAGGACAGGCCGAGACGAAUAGGGAACAUGUACAAAGAAGUUACAAUGAACUUACUUACAAGCAAAUCCUGUACAUCCUGUACAUUGGUAACAUCGAAGAUUUGAGAAAGGAACUCCAAAGAAUCAUUAGUGGAAAUGUAUUCAUGGGAAAUAUUUCCAUGUUUUGGUCUAUUUGUAUCAAAUAUAUAGGGACAUCUAUUUUACUUUCAGCUUUCAUCGAAUUUGCAGAUGGGGUUUUUUAUAGUGAUGAGUUGAGGGAGAAAAUGGAUAUGAUCCCUUGGGGAUGGGUUGUUUUUGCAAUUCUUUUUUGGGUAUUCACGAUCCUCCUCCUACUAUUGUUCCCGCUCUUCACAAAUGCUUUCGAAAAAUGGUGCACACAAGAAGAUUUCUUCGCAGAUUUCUCACUUAUACCAUCUAAACCACUCAAGGAACUUUACAACUUCAGCAUCCUUUCUUAUUUCAAUGAAUUUAGAAGCGUAAGAAACAAAAAGAGAAGAAGGAGUUAA